AUGGCAGAGAAGGCUCUUGGUGCAGGGCUGACCAACCUCCGGUGGGGCUUGGGUGGAGCUCAGGAGUGGGGUCAGCAUCCUCCGGUCUCUCGUGUGCCUAACGGGGCUGACUUUGUGCGGCAGGAACCCAACGCGGACUGGGACGACCUGUGGGAUCAGUUUGAAGAGCGGAGGUACCUGAGCGCCCGGAGGUGGAAGGGCGGCGAGGACCCCUACCGGCUCCAUGCCUUUAACCAGCGCGAGAGCGAGAGGAUCCCCAGCGACCGCGCCGUCCGCGACACCCGCCAUCACAGGUGUACAACUUUGCACUACAGCCAGGACCUCCCACCCACCAGCGUGGUCAUCACCUUCCACAACGAGGCCAGGUCCACCCUGCUAAGGACAAUUCGGAGUGUGCUAAACCGCACCCCAGUGCACCUGAUCCAUGAAAUCAUACUCGUGGAUGACUUCAGUGAUGACCCUGAUGACUGCCACUUGCUGGGCCAGCUGCCCAAGGUGCAGUGCCUGCGGAACGGACGGCGGGAAGGUCUGAUCCGGUCCCGAAUCCGAGGGGCAGACGUGGCAAAAGCAGGUGUCCUGACCUUCCUGGACAGUCACUGUGAGGUGAAUAAGGACUGGCUGCUCCCUCUGCUGCAGAGGAUCAAAGAGGAUCCCACCCGAGUGGUCAGUCCCAUUAUUGACAUCAUCAACCUGGACACUUUUGCCUACGUGGCAGCUUCCUCAGACCUCAGAGGAGGUUUUGACUGGAGUCUGCAUUUCAAAUGGGAGCAGCUUUCCCCAGAGCAGAAAGCCAAACGACUUGAUCCCACUGAGCCCAUUAGGACACCCAUCAUUGCUGGGGGGCUGUUUGUGAUCGACAAGGCCUGGUUCAACCACCUGGGGAAGUACGACAGUGCCAUGGACAUCUGGGGUGGGGAGAACUUCGAAAUCUCUUUCCGUGUGUGGAUGUGUGGAGGGAGCCUGGAAAUCAUCCCCUGCAGCCGUGUUGGGCACGUCUUUCGGAAGAAACAUCCGUACGUCUUUCCAGAUGGAAAUGCCAACACAUACAUUAAGAACACCAAGCGCACAGCGGAGGUGUGGAUGGACGAGUUCAAGCAGUACUACUACGCUGCCCGGCCCGCAGCCCAGGGGAGGCCUUUGGGCAACGUCCAGAGCAGAGUGGAGCUGCGGAAGAGGUUGAAAUGCCACAGCUUCAAGUGGUACCUGGAAAACGUUUAUCCCGAACUUCGGAUUCCUGAGGAAUCGCUCUAUCAGACUGGGAUCAUCAGGCAAAGGCAGAGCUGCCUUGAGUCACACAAGUCUGAAGACCAAGAGCUCCCCAUCCUGAGCUUAAAUCCUUGUAACAGCAGCAAAGGCACAGUACCAAAGGCACAGGAAUGGACAUACACAUACAACCACCACAUCCGCCAGCAGCAGCUGUGUUUGUCUGUGUACACCCUCUUCCCUGGUUCCCAGGUGCUGCUGUCACCUUGUAAAGAAGGUGACAACAAGCAGCGCUGGGGCAAAGUCGGGUCACACCUUGAGCACAUCGCUUCCCGCUUCUGCUUGGACACCGAGAGCGUGGGGGACACCAACGAGAGCAUCAAAGAGCUGGUGAUCAACCCCUGUGAGAGCACAGCCAUGAGCCAGCGCUGGGACAUGGUGAUGUCGUGACCUGCUGCAGGACGUGCGCCGGGACGCGGCUGAGACGCGCCAGACGGGGCUCAAACCCAAACCCCUGGGGGUCCCUGUGUGCUGUGGGACAGGAGGAGAGUCACUCAAAUAAACAUGGGACACUGCACUCCAGGUGGAGCAGCGGAUGUUGCCUGCCAGGCAUGCAGCUGGUGUUGGCCUGUUGGUGCUCAAGGAGGAGGGAUGGCAGAAAAACAAGCUUGAAGUGUUUUAGAGGGGUACUGGGAGGUCCUGCAAUGGGCUGUACAGAACUUCAGCAUGCACAGCAUUCAUUAAUCUCCCUGGAAAUGCAGGUAGAAGAGCCUUGAAUGCCUAAAGGAGACAGGCUGAGCAAAACAAGCAUCUCAGUAGCUCUUGGGGGUUGAGGUGGGUGCACGAGGUGGGAUGUACCAAGGGAUGCUCUGAAACAUCGCCAGGUACCAAGUGGAAGACAGUGAAUUAUUUUUGCACUUUGCUGUGGAUGUUUCUGUCUUCUGCAGACCACAUGGGUUGAGCUGCGUUGCACAUUUGAAUUGGUACCUGAUCCACGUCCAUGGAGUGUAUACAGAGGCAGAGCAGUCCUUGAUGGCUGUGGCCAGGAUCAGAACAGUGACUGGGGGAAUCCUGCUCUGUGCUAACUGCACACAGUGCUUGUUGAAUCUCCAAAGCCCAAGCAGACAGAGGAUUCACUGCAUGGGAUUAAAGGAUAUAAAUUUCUGUCAAGCUGGGAGAAAAAGGCAGUAGCGUGAUUAUUUCUCCUCUCUGAAGACCAUGGAUCACUGAAAACUCCCCUAAAAUUUUGCUAUGUGUCUCUCACUGCUCUGCUUCAGAUCCGGACUAAUUCAAAUAUUCACUUUUCUUCUAUAAAAGUAAUAUUUUUGGUAAUUGAAGGUAAUUGUGUCAUAUUUCUGUUUCCCAAUUUCCAAACUACAGAUGAAGGGACUCCCAUAAAAUGCUGCUACUGAUGGAACGGUGAAGGUUUAAUUUUUAAUCGAAAUUAGAGACACUGCUCCAAGAAAGGAAAAGGGAUAUUACCUGGGUUUGCUCUCCAUUGUCUUGUAGCCCACAAUGUAAAGUACUGAAGAAAAGGUUUGGGACUCCCCAUUCACACCUGUGAGCAGGGCAGCCUGGACCAGGAUGUACCUCUAUCUCAAAGUCACUUAGCAUAACCAGACCAGCCAGAAAUUAAUUCCUCAGCUUUUGGAGAGAUGUCUUUUACCAGAGAUCGUGUCGUGUGUGGGGGUGAGGUGACAGCCUGAGGAGAGUAGGACAGACCACCUCAGGAGGGAGGAAUAGAAGACUGGAAGGUCCUUUCCAGCUUGUCUUUCAGGGCAGCUGUCACUACAGCCACAGGUAACAGGCUGUGCAUCACCAAGAGCUGUGCACACAGCUCUUGUGUAGUAAUGACUCCCAAAAAGAACUUUCAUAGGACUGUCAGUGUGACUUGAAAAAAAAUACAUAAUUUCUGUCUGAAAAUGCUAGGAUUUAGUGAAAGUCCUGUCCUUUGUUUCCUGUGCUGCAAACUGCAGGUGAAAUACCAUAAGCUUUAAGCCUUCAAGUGCUCUCAGCAUCCCUUCUUGAAUAAAUAGCUGGCUUUCAGGAUUUUACUGCCUCAGUUUCUCCUCCCUCAGUGCUGGGAGAAAGCCAUGUGCUUAAAUCUUCCUGGCUUUAGAAGCAGAACUCUUUAUGUGCUAAAGGUCGCAGUGCAAAAUGCUUUUCAUGUGCUGCAGUGAUUACUAACCUCAUCAAGCUCCCUUGGUGCCAGCCUCAAGGGCUUCUGUUAUGAAAGGGCUGGAGCAAGCUCUCAUUUCAUGGUGGGAGGUGGCAUUGUUUCCCUGCCACCACUCGGUGCAGGAAACAAAGGGGAGCCCUUCAAAUUGAAUGCACCCAUUUCACAAAGGAGGGCAGUGACCUCGGGCUUCUCUUUAAUUGAACAGGGACAUAUCAUUUCUACUUUUCACAAUGGUGAUGACAGGCAAGGGGUAGUAAUUCCCUGUCUAGUGUUUACAAGGGAAGGCUACUCCCAAGGGCUCGGAGCUUAACACAUUCGCACCUGUUCUGUGCCCACAGCCUGGCACUGCCCAGCAGCUGGCAAUUCCGUUCUGAAAAUUCAAAUUGCUGAACGACUUGCCAUGGGUUUUGAAGUUCAGCACCUGGCAGGUACACUCUGAGCAGGGCCUCAGACCUAUCUAGCUUUACUGUUUUCCACCAAAGCUGAAAAUCUCCGUUCUCCUGACAGCCAAAGCUCUCUCAGCUGCUCUUAGCCUUAGCAGAAACAGCUACCUCACUGCAUAUGUGUGUGUGCUUGGGCACGUGGACCCACGGGACCUGCAGGAUGUGUUCUAGGAAGGACUUGUUUGAUCAGCUCUUGCCUUUUGGGAAACACAAAUGCUAACCCCUUCUAUUCCAAAACGUGCUAAGGGAUCACUGUGGACAUGUCUGGGGACAAUGGAAGGCAGGCAGGGGUGAGGGGGGCAUCAGGCAUGGUGUCUCCUACCAGGGACCAGCAGCCAAGGUUAGCUAAGUCUCUUGCAGGCCCUAAAGCCACCAUGUACCUCACAGACCUGGGACAGCAGCACUUGUCAAACUGGUGAUUGUGUCUCACAGAGCCAUCAGCUGUGGCCCUUAGGCUACAGCUUAUUUCAUGGUCCAGGAAAUGAGAUUAUCCCUGUGGAUCAGCAGUGUUUUCAGAGAAGCCUGGGAGUAUCAGCCUGACUCCUGGGGAGCUUUGUAUAAAGCUGGCAGUCUCCAGAGUUAGCCCCAGUAUGGCAUUUAGCAAAUCUGCAGAGAAACCUUGCAUUGUGUCAGGGAGAAGGUUAACAUACUGCUGAAAUCCAACUCGUACCUUCAGGUUUGUUUCAUUUAUUAAAAUACACUGAAAACAGAUGAACUUUUCUUGCUUUGUGUAUUUUCAAUGCCUAGACAAAUUGUUAUCAUGCUGUGAACAGGUACAAUGUGACUGAUUGGGAUCUAGAUGGGCUCCCUUGCCAGUGCUUCUUAAGCCUCUGUGUCAUUUGGUAGUAAUGCUUUUUGGUAAUAUUUUUCACUGACUUGAAAGAAUGUAAAAGAUAAAGUAGAAAAUAUGAUUCUAAUCCUGGCUGUUGAGCUUUGUGACAGCCUUUAUGAUCUCCAGGUAAGUCACUUCUUGUGCCUUGGAAAAAUUGGAUUCAGAGCAGGAAACUCAAGGCUAGAACUACUACUGGCUUUUAAAGAGCCAACUAAGGCUAUCCAAAAAAAAAAACCCCAAACCCCAAAACACAGCAGAAAAAGACAAAAAGAGCACUUCCCCUCCCUCUUAAAGGAGAUCCAUGUUCCAAUGAGAAAAAAAAUCUGUCUGAUUUUAGUUGGGCUGGAGAAGUCUUGUAGUCCUUAUGUUGUGUGAUUUCUAGGUGUCUUGUGCUUAUCUUCUCUCCAUACCAGUGCAGUACCAUAAGGUCACAACACAAAUCAUCUGUGCACAGAACCUCAGGUUACAACUUGUUGAGGUGGUGAUUUAGUGGUGAAGAGGUGGAAACUGAAUUCAAAGAUCUUUGUUUAUCCAGCAAAGCAACAGCAAAAUGGGGCUGGUGGAUGAAGGCUGGAGAGCUGGUGGUGGGUCAAGACAAGCACAGCCCCGAGUGCUAAAUCCCUUCUUCUGCCUCUAGGAGUGGCUUGGGAUAGUUCACCUAAUUUCCUUGCCACCAUUUCCCAGAAUGUUAGUGAAGACUGAAUGUCUUGAAGAGAGAAGAAGACAAGGAUUAAUUUUUGUUGCAUGCAAUGCCAGCAGUACUGGACUGGCAGUCUCCAUGGACCCUUUUUACCUGCCUGUACAGGGUCUGGUUCAGGUGGAGUUAAUUUUCCUUGUAACAGCCUGUAAGGUCCUGUGGUUUUGACUGGUGACCAAAACAGUGUUGAUAGCACACAACAAUGUUUUAGUUAUUGCUGUGCCUGCACAGUGUCAAGGCCUUCUCCAUCUCUCUGCUGCCCCUGUGAGCAGUCAGGGGCUGGGGGAGAGGAUUGGGAGUGGGGACAGCUGGGACAGCUCCCCCAAACUGACCAAAGACACAUCUCAUCCCAUAUAAUGUGACUCUCAGAGGUAAAACUGGGGGAAGUUCUGCCCCAGGAGGUCUCUGCCUGGCUGGGCAUCAGGCUGCAUGUGGUGACUGACUGCCUUUGCAUCACUUGGUUGUUUUGGGGGUUGUUCGAUUUCAUUUUCCUUCAUGACUGUCUUUAUCUUGACUCACAAGUUUUUCUCACUAUAGCCCUUCAGAUUCUUUGUGCCAUCCUGUUGGGCAGGGAGGGAGUAGGGGCUGAGCUGCCGGGCAGGGUGAGCCCACCCCACUGCGCAAAGCAAAGCAGGGUCUGUGCUGUAACAGGCUGGUGUUCCUUGUGGCUCAGGCUCUGAUCACAGCUCUGCAGUGCAAUGUGCACUGCUCACAUUUCAGGUGUUAAAAGCUACAGUGAAAAGCUGGGGGUUAGCAUUGUUUGUAGAAAGGGUAAAGGAAGCAAAGUCAAGCAGGUUUCACACAAGCAACAGAAGAAAUGCUGCUCAUUAAUGUUCUGCCUAAUUAAUUUUGAACGGUCAGUCCAGCACCAGUGUUAAUGUGCAGCUGCUUUACAUGGCUGGAGAAUUAAAGGAAGCCUGGUACGGGUGUCCAGCUUAUGUUGAGACUUACAUGCUGAAAUCCAGUGGCAUUUUUCCAGAUUUAUGGAUGUUUUGCCAAUGUCCACUGUUCUGUUUCUCACUGGAAGUGCCUUCAGAACCCUGUAAGAAUAAAAACCUGU